GAUGUUUUGAUGCGAGUAAAUUUGGGUGGUGCAUUCGGGGUUGCGCUGCAGUUUUAUGGUUUUCGUGAUUAGAAAGGUGUAAUUUUCUUGCCCCAAGAUGACGUCGAAAAACAUCUUCUCGAAGCACCUGCCCAACAUCAAGCUCGCGACCCGGUUCGACGCCGACGGCAACGAGAUCCAGGUCGAACGCCGCGAGGACGAGGAGCAGAAGCGCAAAGAGCAGGACAUUAUCGAGGCGCUGGUGGGGGCCGGCUACUACCGGGCCCACAUCCAGGGUCUGUCCACGUUCGACAAGAUCGUCGGCGGGAUGACCUGGUGCAUCGAGGCGUGCGACUACGACGUGGACGUGGACUUGCUGUUCCACGAGAACCUGACGAUCGGGCAGAAGAUCUCACUCACGGAGAAGAUCGUCGUGGUGCUGCCCAAGAUGAAGUGUCCGUUUCAGCUGGAACCGCACCAGAUUCAGGGGUUGGACUUUAUCAAUAUCUUUCCGGUGGUCGAGUGGCUCGUCAAGCGGUCCGCGGAGAAUCGUAGCGAGAAGGCUGAUCGGUUGAAGAAGUUGGCCGCGUCGCAGUUUCAAAAUUAUUUCACUUUGGGCUCGGAUCGGGAAGCCAAACAAGUUCACGGCCGUCAGUUGGGUAAUUUGAAGACUGUCGAGGAUCGUUACAUUCCCAAGAGGCAGUUCCGGCGAACGGAACGAGGUCCGGACGAUGUCAUGAGUCGGGUGCGGAUCACGCUGAUGGAGUACGGAACGCGGGAUUUUUCCGUCAAGACCAACGUGGACAUUGCGGAGAUUGAUGCGGACGCGCAGGACGAGGACGUGUUUCGAGGAAUGCUGCAAAAGACGGACCAGGAAGAGCUUGAUUUUGAUCAAUUAUUCAAAAACUUAUCAGUUGCUAAAGAGCAGCAAAGUCGAGACUCCAAACUGACCGCGGAGGAGCGCGACACCCUGAACCGGCACUACGAGGAUCUCAAGCGCGAAAUGUCCAUCGACACGAGCCAGCUGUCCGAGCAGAACAAGAUCAAAACGAUUCUCGCUACAAAGCUGGCACUGGAGAAAAAACUGAACCGCGUUAAAUCUCACAACGACCAGCUUCGCCAAGUCGUCCAAAGCGAACGCGACCAGCUGGAGCUCGUCCGGCAGGAGAAGGAAUCGCUCGAGCAGGACAUUAACAACCUGGACAACACGGAAAUUAGCGAGGAGAAUCGCACGAUUGUCGCCCACGUGCAGGAGCUGAUCCUGGAGAACGAAAAGAUGAAGCAGCACGAGGCGGAGUUUAAGGAGCGCUGCAAGAAGGAACUCGUCGAGUUGCAAGCGAAAAUACAAAAAGCGGAAGCCACCACCCCGGACGAGGACAUUGCCGAGCAUCAGCGAGUGCUCGAGGUCGAGCAGGAGCGCCUCAAAGUGUUGCGGCUGCAGCUGGCGAAGAAGAAUCGCGCGUACGUGGCCAUCAACCGGCAGCUGGACAACAUUCCCGACCGGACCGAGCUGGCGCAGUACCAGCGCCGGUUUCUGGAGCUGUACAAUCAAGUAAGCGCCAAACACCGCGAAACCAAACAGUUCUACACGCUGUACAACACCCUGGACGACACGAAGCUAUACCUGGAGAAGGAAAUGUCCCUGCUGAACUCAAUCUACGAAAACUACGGCAACGCAAUGCAAACGUACAACUCGCGAGAACAAUUCGUCCAGCAGUUCGAACAGAUCGUCGAGGGAGUUCGCGUAAACAAGACAAAGGUCCAAAAGAAGUGCGACGACGAACGCGCCAAACGGGACGCCCUGAAUGCCCAACUCCUCGCGCUAGUCGAACAACAGCGAAAGUACGCGGCCACCGUCAAACAGCUGACGGCCGAGUGUCAACGGAACGAAAUCCUGCAGGCAAAGCUGCAGCAGGUUCAACCCAAAUCGAGCCAGGGCCAGUGAUUAUCACGCAUUACAGAUUUAAUACACCCAAGCGUGUAACGUAUUGUGCAUUAAAUAUACAUUUUUAUUAUCCCUCUCG